GUAUUUGGAGGCUUACAAGGAACUUUGGGGGAGAAAUCACUCUUCGUUGGUUAUGAAAUGAAACUCGCUGAAUGGAAGUCGAAGUGCAUUGCCUUCUUAUCUCGUAACGUUAUUAUCGACUUUAGUAACACUACCCAACUUAAAGCCAUCGGCAUUAAAUUCAUCCGACUGAACAACGGAUUCCGAAUUAAGAUUAAAAGAAUCGAAAACCGUAGUAACGGUGAAACGGUUUUGAAGGAUGCUGAGGUUUUCGUCUAUGCAAAUUCAAAUGAAAGGGUAUCAAAAUAA